AUGUAUUUCCUUGUCCGCUUCUUUCUCUUACAUGACUUUCCCAGUUUUACUUUUCUUUCAUUCUUUUCUUCCUUUUUUUCUUCUCUUUCAUGUCUUUCUUUCUUUCUUUCUUUCUUUCUUUCAUAUUUUUUCUUUCCCAUUUUCUUUUCUUUUUCAUUUUCCAGUUUUUCUUUCGCUUUUCAUCUUUUUUUCUUUCUCAUGUUUCUUUUCCCUUCUUUUUCUUUUUUAUUUAAUUCCUUCCUUCCUUCCUGUUUUUCUUUUUCGCCUUUCUUCUUAUUUUUAUCUGAAUUUCUUUCUCGUUUUUCCGUGUUUUUCUUUCUUUCUUUCUUUCUUUCUUUCUUUCUUUCUUUCUUUCUUUCUUUUACUUUUUCAUUUCCCACUCUGUUUCUUUUUCAUUCGUUCAUUUUUGUUUCAUCUGUCUUUCAUUUUAUCUUUCUUUCUUUUUUCUUUUUUUCCUUUUUCAUUGUUACUCAUAAUUUUCUCUUCUUUUUUUUCUCUUCUUAUUUACCACCCACUCUACUCUGCCUUCUUAUCUUCCUCUACUCUCUCUUCCUUUCUUUCCCUACUCUGCCUUCUUAUCUUCCUCUACUCUCCCUUCCUUUCUUUCUCUACUCUGCCUUCUUAUCUUUCUCUACUCUCCCUUCCUUUCUUUCCCUACUCUGCCUUCUUAUCUUCCUCUACUCUCCCUUCCUUUCUUUCCCUACUCUGCCUUCUUAUCUUUCUCUACUCUCCCUUCCUUUCUUUCCCUACUCUGCCUUCUUAUCUUUCUCUACUCUCCCUUCCUUUCUUUCCCUACUCUGCCUUCUUAUCUUUCUCUACUCUCCCUUCCUUUCUUUCCCUACUCUGCCUUCUUAUCUUUCUCUACUCUUCUUUCAUUUCUUUCUCUACUCAGCCUUCUUAUUUGCCUCUACUCUUCCUUCUUCUCUUUAUUCACUCUUCCUUCUUCUCUUUCUCUACUCUUUCUUCCUUUCUUACUCGGUUGGUCACCUCCGUAUUUCUUUCUCUACUCUUCUUUCUUCUCUUUAUCUACUAUUCCUUCUUCUCUUUCUUUACUCUUUCUUCUCCCCUUACUCUCUUGACGCCUCCAUAUUUCAUUCUCUCCUCUUCCUUCGUCUCUUAUUCCAUUGGUUACCUCUGUAUUUAUUUCUCUAUUCUUCCCCUUCUCUUUCUAUACUCUUCCUUUUCUUGCUCUCUUUGAUACCUCCAUAUUCCUUUUCCAUCUCUUUUUCGCUUUCUCACCGCCAAAUUUCGUUCUUUCUUUCUUUCUUUCUUUUGUCUAAUGUCUGGAUAUUUUACUCGCUUUUCUUUUUUUUUCUUUUUCUUUUUUCCACAUCCAUAUUUCUUUCCCUCGUCAUGCAAUCCUCUGUCGUUUCAUUAUCUCCUCUUCCUACUUCUUUCCCUCGCCUGCCUCCCACUCUCACACUUUCGAUGUACGUUUUCGCUUCUUCACUGCUUAUGUUUAUUCCUUUUUUUUUUCGCACCGCUCUCUCUCUCUCCUCCCCCUUUUACCUCGAACCUCCUUAUUAUCACUUUGAUACUACCCCUCCUACUUCCUUGAAAACACUAUUCAAUAACUCUACCUUUUACUUCUUUCACUUCGUCCUCCUUCCACUUCUAUCAAGUUCUUCUUACUUCCUCCCACCCCUCUUCUUCUCUCCUGGUGUUUUGUUUUCUUCUAAUUAUUAUGCACUCUCAAACUUUUCUCAUCUCUUUAUUCGUUCCGUCUGA